AUGGAGGCCGCCUUAUCUCUGCCGCUGCUGCUGGCCCUGGGGGCUCUUUGGGCAGGUGACACAUUUAAGACCCACAUAAUUGGUGGUCACGAGGCUGCCCCCAACUCCCGUCCAUACAUGGUCUCACUGCAGAAAGCUGGUGCCCACCUGUGUGGGGGAGUCCUUGUGCACCGGAUGUGGGUACUGACAGCUGCCCACUGCGUGGUUCAACCGCCCCAACAGCUGAGGCUGGUGCUGGGACUCCAUGCACUCAGAGACCGUGGCCUCACCUUCCGAGUCAGGGCAGCAGUCUUGCACCCCAAGUACAAGCCUGCCCCCAAACUGGAGAAUGACCUCGCGCUGCUUAAGCUGGAAUGGAAGGUGAAACCCAGCAAGACCGUUCGGCCCCUGGCCCUGCCCCGAGGGAGCCAGGCAGUGGCCGCGGGAGCAAGGUGCAGCGUGGCUGGCUGGGGGCUGACCCGGCAGAGCGGGCGGCUGGCAGAGGCACUGCAGGAGCUGAACAUGCAUGUGCUGGAUGCCAGGAUGUGCAACAACAGUCGCUUCUGGAGGGGCAAAAUCACCCCCCACAUGAUCUGCCUGGAGGCCGAGUCCAAGAAUAAGGCCCCCUGCAAGGGGGACUCAGGCGGGCCUCUGGUGUGCAGCAAAGGCCAUGUGGCUGGAAUCCUGUCCUUCAGCUCCACAGUCUGCACUGACAUCUUCAAGCCCCCCGUGGCCACUGCUGUGGCCCCCUACAUGUCCUGGAUCAGGAAGAUCACCAAGCACUGGCCGGCCCCACCUCAGGCCUGA